AUGGGUAAGCAGAGGAGGGAUUUCUUAUUGAUAUCUGCGAGAUUUGAGUGGUUGAUUAUUCCAUCACCACCUGCAUUUUCUUUCACGCUUCUUCUUCUUUUCGACUGUCCAUUCAAAUCCUGGCAGCGCCUCUGCAAAGGGAAACCCCAGGAAGCAGCGCCUCUGCAAAGGGAAACCCCAGGAAGCAGCGCCUCUGCAAAGGGAAACCCCAGGAAGCAGCGCCUCUGCAAAGGGAAACCCCAGGAAGCAGCGCCGGAAUCUCGACCCCAGGAUAAAACCCUCAUCCAUUCCAUCACAAACCCAUCAGCCGCCGUCAAAUUGCAGAAAGUUUACAAAAGUUACCGAACGAGACGGAAUCUCGCCGAUUGUGCUGUUGUCGUUGAAGAAUUAUGGUGGAAGGCGUUGGAUUUCGCCGCUCUACGGCGGAGUUCAGUGUCGUUUUUUGACUCCGACAAGGCGGAAACCGCCGUGUCGAAAUGGUCAAGGGCCGGAGCAAGAGCUGCAAAGGUGGGUAAAGGGUUAUCAAAGAAUGAGAAAGCUCAGAAAUUGGCUUUGAGACAUUGGCUUGAAGCUAUCGAUCCACGUCAUCGCUACGGGCACAAUCUCCACAUGUACUAUAAUGUUUGGUUCCAAAGUCAAAGCUCGCAGCCUUUCUUUUAUUGGUUGGACAUCGGAGAUGGAAAAGAGUUGAAUCUCGAAAAAUGUUCUAGAACAAUUCUCCAACGACAGUGUAUUCAAUAUCUAGGACCAAAUCAAAGGGAGGCUUACGAGGUGGUAGCGAAGGAAGGGAAGCUUGUAUACAAACAAAGUGGCAAUUUCGUAAAUACGGCGAAUGACUCCAAAUGGAUAUUUGUUCUUAGUGCUUCAAGAAAUCUGUAUGUGGGGAAGAAGGUGAAAGGCCAUUUUCAACACUCCAGCUUUCUUGCUGGAGCAGUCACCACAGCUUCUGGCAGAUUGGUAGCUGACAGUGGCAUUCUCAGGGCUAUAUGGCCUUAUAGUGGCCAUUAUCAUCCCACGGAAGAAAAUUUCAUUGAGUUCACUGAGUUCUUGAAGGAGAACAAUGUUGACCUAACAAACGUUAAGAGAUGUGCAACAGACGAGGACGUGCCACCCAAUGACAAAGAGAAGGGAGAAACCGAUGAAACCACAGAGGAGGAGAAGGAAGUGACAGGGGGCGGUGCCACCACCGAGAAAGCUGCAGCGUCGUCGGGAGAAGCGGCGGAAAUGGAACGGCACUGCAAUGUGGUUCAACGCAGAAGCAAGUGGACCACAGGCGCCGGUCCUCGAAUAGGCUGCGUAAGAGAAUAUCCAACACAGCUUCAAUUUCAGGCAUUGGAAAAGCUGAAUCUCUCGCCAAGAAUCACAUCUGUUCAACAGGCAUUCAACUCCAACUUGCCAAUUCCAUCACCAAGGCCUAGCCCUAGAAUCCAUAUGUCCCCUAGGCUCGCUUGCAUGGUGCUCUCGAGUCCUCGAACGUCACAAUACUAGUUGUGUCGAGUUCAUGAGAUUAUUCAAUGACGUGUAUUCUGUUGCAGGUAGAAGAGGAGAAUUCAUUUCAUAGUUUUAGAGGGCAGCCAUGAUUGAAUAACUUUUAGUUUUUAGUUACAA